AUGGAAGAGACCUCCUGGAAAUAUAAUGAAUGUGGGAAAACCUUUGGUAAGUCAGCUCUGAUUGCCCAAGAGAUAACUCAGAUAGGGAGGGAAAUGCUUCAAUGUGAUAUGUGUGGGAAAGCAUUUUAUAAGAAGUUUAAACUCACUAAUCAUCAAAAAGUACACACAGGAGAGAAGCUCUAUAAAUGUAGUGAAUAUGAAAAGUCCUACAUUAAUAAAUCAUCCCUUACAAUCCAUCAGAGGACACACAAAGGAAAAAAACCCUAUGGAUGUAAUGUAUGUGGAAAAACCUUUCACCAGAAAUCACUUCUUAGCAAGCAUCAGAGAAUUCUCACCAUUGAAAAACCAUGUGAAUGUACAGAAUGUAGAAAAUCUUUCUAUCUGAUCAGACCUCAAUAUACGUGUCAGAGAAUUCACACAGGUGAGAAACCAUAUGAAUGUAAAGAAAGUAGAAAAACUUACUACAGUCUGUCACACCUCAGUUUGCAUCAGAGAACUCAUGCAGGUGAGAAACCCUAUGAAUGUCAUGCAUGUGGAAAAUCUUUUUCCUGGAAUUCAGUCUUCAGUGUACAUUGGAGAACUCACACAGGUGAGCAACCAUUUGAAUGUAAAGAAUGUAGGAAAUCUUUCUACCAGAAAUCAGCCCUCAAUGUACAUCAGAGAACUCAUGCUGGUGAGAAACAAUAUGAAUGCACUGAUUGUGGAAAAACAUUUUGGUGGAAGUCGGCCCUCACUAAACUGCAUCAAAGAAUGUAUACAGGUCAGAAGCCCUCUGAAUGUAAUGAAUCUGAAAAAACCUUUUCCCCAAAGUCAAUCCUCAGGUUGCAUGGAAGAACUCACACAGGUAAGAAACCAUAUGAAUGGAAAGGCGUAGGCCGCCGGACCUGUGCCCGUUGA